AGCUCCAGCACCAGCCCAGCCCCAGCCCAGCCAUGCCGGGCAAACUCGCCGCUCACCUGACCGGUACCCUCUUCUUACAGGACGGCUCUUCUUUCAAAGGCACGUUCUUCGGGGCCAGAGCCUCCGUGUCAGGCGAAGUGGUUUUUCAGACUGGUAUGGUAGGAUACCCAGAAGCCUUGACAGAUCCAUCAUAUAAUUCCCAAAUACUUGUGCUCACGUAUCCAUUGAUAGGGAACUACGGGAUACCACAGGAUGAAGAAGAUGAAUAUGGGCUCAGCAAGUGGUUCGAAUCUACCAAAAUUCAUGUUGCAGCACUGAUUGUGGGUGAAAAUUCCCAAGAUCCCAGUCACUGGAGUUCAGUUCGUUCAUUGGAUCAGUGGCUGAAAGAGCACGGAAUUCCAGCACUAGAAGGAAUCGAUACGAGAAGUUUGACUAAGAAGAUCCGGGAGGAGGGAGUGUUGCUUGGAAAGCUUGUGAUGGAUGGCACGGAUGAGAAGAAACUUGCGUAUGAUGAUCCAAACAAAAGACAUCUGGUCAAAGAGGUCUCCGUAAAGGUGCCCAAAGUGUACAAUCCCUCUGGAGAUGUGAAAAUCAUGGCAGUGGACUGCGGGAUGAAAUACAACCAGAUCAGAUGUCUGUGUAAGAGAGGAGCCAGUGUCACUGUGGUACCAUGGGAUUAUCCUCUUCAUAGUGAAGAAUUUGAUGGGCUGUUUCUCAGUAAUGGGCCUGGAGAUCCUAUGUAUUGUCAGCAAACUGUUGACAAUAUCAAAAAGAUUGUUUCUGAAGAAAAUCCAAAACCGUUAUUUGGAAUUUGUUUGGGUCAUCAGAUCCUUUCCAUAGUGAUUGGAGCCAAAACAUACAAAAUGAAGUAUGGGAAUCGUGGACACAACCAGCCUUGUAUCCAUGAAGAUACACAGCGAUGCUACAUCACCUCUCAGAACCACGGAUUUGCUGUUGAUCCAAAUACUCUACCACACGACUGGUCGGUUCUCUUCACCAAUGCUAAUGACCAGUCCAAUGAGGGAAUAGUUCACAACACAAAACCAUUCUUCAGUGCCCAGUUUCACCCUGAACAUAUGGCAGGACCAACAGACCUGGUCGACCUUUUUGACGUCUUUUUAGAGUGUGUGCGUGAGGCAAAGCUGGGUGGUGAUACAGCCAAAACUGUCAGGGAAAGACUUGUUUCACAGCUUUCCUACAAAAACGGGACAGAAGAUUCUCAAAUACCAUCUCAAAGAAUUCGCCCACAUAAGGUGCUAAUUCUGGGAUCAGGCGGGCUGUCCAUUGGCCAAGCAGGGGAGUUUGACUACUCUGGUUCGCAGGCUAUAAAAGCUCUGAAAGAAGAGAAUGUUCAGUCAGUGCUCAUCAAUCCGAACAUUGCAACAGUACAAACAUCAAAAGGACUCGCAGACAAAGUGUACUUUCUACCCAUUACCCUGGAAUAUGUGACACAGGUCAUUCAGAAUGAGCGUCCAGAUGGAAUCCUGUUGACUUUUGGAGGCCAGACUGCACUGAACUGUGGAGUAGAACUUAAAAAGCAAAGGAUUUUUGAGAAGUAUAAUGUGAGGGUCCUGGGAACCCCAGUCUCUUCUAUUGAGAUGACAGAAGACAGAAAAAAAUUUGUGGAGAAAAUGGCAGAGAUUAAUGAACAUGUUGCACCCAGUGAAGCUGUGUUCUCAUUGGAGCAGGCCCAAGCCGCAGCAGAACGACUGGGUUACCCUGUUUUGAUCCGCGCAGCCUUUGCGCUGGGUGGGCUUGGAUCAGGAUUUGCUGAUAACAAAGAGGAGUUGGGGACCUUGGUGACACAGGCAUUUACACACACAUCUCAGGUUCUGAUUGACAAGUCUUUGAAAGGCUGGAAGGAGAUAGAAUAUGAAGUUGUCAGAGAUGCCUAUGAUAAUUGUAUCACAGUUUGUAACAUGGAAAACAUAGAUCCAUUGGGAAUCCACACAGGAGAAUCGAUAGUUGUUGCACCGAGUCAGACUCUGAAUGACAAGGAGUAUAAUAUGCUGAGAACCACUGCCAUCAAAGUGGUGCGACACUUGGGUAUUGUGGGAGAGUGCAACAUUCAGUAUGCACUGAGCCCUGAAUCUGAACAGUAUUAUAUUAUUGAGGUGAACGCUCGUCUUUCCAGAAGUUCAGCUUUGGCAAGCAAAGCAACUGGUUAUCCACUGGCCUAUGUUGCAGCUAAAUUGGCCCUUGGUAUCCCUUUACCUGUACUAAGAAACUCUGUGACUAAUUCCACAACGGCAAACUUUGAGCCUAGUCUGGAUUACUGUGUAGUGAAAGUACCACGUUGGGAUCUCAGCAAGUUUUUACGUGUUAGCACCAAGAUUGGAAGUUCCAUGAAGAGUGUUGGAGAAGUGAUGGCUAUUGGUCGUAGUUUCGAAGAAGCUUUCCAGAAGGCACUGAGAAUGGUUGAUGAAAACUGUGUGGGGUUUGACCAUACAUUGAAGCCAGCUUCUGAUGAUGAACUGCAAACUCCAACAGAUAAGAGGAUCUUUGUUCUUGCAGCAGCCAUGAGGGCAGGUUAUUCAAUUGAACGCCUAUAUGAAUUGACCAAAAUCAAUCAGUGGUUUCUUAACAAGAUGAAGAACAUUGCCGACCAUGUCCUGACACUAGAGAUGUACAUGCAGGAUGUAGCUACAAUACCUCGCGACGUUCUCCUGAAAGCUAAACGGCUUGGAUUCUCUGAUAAACAGAUAGCAAUGGCCAUACAGAGUACUGAACUGGCAGUGAGACGCUUGCGACAGGAGUGGAAAAUCCUUCCAGUAGUGAAGCAGAUUGAUACGGUCGCAGCUGAAUGGCCUGCCCAAACCAACUAUCUCUAUUUGACCUACAAUGGUGACGUGCAUGACCUGGAAUUUACCAAAUCUCAUGUGAUGGUGAUUGGUUCCGGAGUAUACAGAAUUGGAAGUAGUGUAGAGUUUGACUGGUGUGCUGUUGGGUGUAUCCGAGAGUUGCGCAAGAUGGGCUAUAAAACUAUCAUGGUGAAUUAUAACCCUGAAACGGUCAGUACAGAUUACGACAUGUGUGACCGACUCUAUUUCGAAGAGAUUUCAUUUGAGAUUGUGAUGGAUAUUUAUGAACUGGAAAACCCAGAGGGUAUAAUCUUGUCUAUGGGUGGCCAGUUGCCAAACAAUAUUGCCAUGGCCCUGCAUCGACAACAGUGCCGAAUCCUGGGAACAUCACCAGAGUCCAUUGACUCUGCUGAAAAUCGCUUCAAGUUCUCGCGAAUGUUGGAUUCGAUCGGUAUCAGCCAACCCCUCUGGAAGGAGCUGUCAGACUCCGAGUCCUCCAAGCAGUUUUGCAGCAAAGUUGACUAUCCAUGUCUGGUUCGUCCCUCGUACGUUCUGAGUGGAGUCGCCAUGAACGUUGCUUACUCGGACAAUGAUCUGGAGAAGUUCCUCAGUAGCGCAGUGGCUGUUUCAAAGGAGCACCCAGUUGUCAUCUCCAAAUUCAUACAAGAGGCAAAGGAGAUUGAUGUAGAUGCGGUGGCCUGUGACGGAGUGGUGAUUGCUGUAGCCAUUUCAGAACAUGUAGAGAAUGCAGGUGUCCACUCUGGUGAUGCCACGUUAGUGACGCCACCUCAGGAUCUAAACCAGAAGACAACUGAGAGAAUCAAAGCCAUAGUCCAUGCCAUCGGCCAGGAACUUCAAGUUACUGGACCUUUCAACCUUCAGCUGAUCGCAAAGGAUGACCAGCUGAAAGUGAUCGAGUGCAAUGUGCGAGUGUCACGCUCCUUUCCAUUUGUGUCUAAAACACUUGGCGUUGAUAUGGUCGCCCUGGCCACACAGAUUAUCAUGGGCGAAGAGGUUGAGCCUGUCGGACUAAUGACUGGGACAGGCAUAGUGGGAGUUAAGGUGCCUCAGUUCUCCUUUUCCCGUCUUGCUGGAGCUGACGUUGUCCUGGGAGUAGAGAUGACUAGCACUGGAGAAGUGGCCUGCUUUGGAGAAAAUCGUUAUGAAGCGUACGUCAAGGCCAUGUUAAGCACUGGUUUUAAAAUGCCUAGAAAGAAUAUACUACUUUCUAUUGGUAGCUAUAAGAACAAGAGUGAGCUGCUUUCCACAGUCCGUUCUUUAGAACAACUUGGCUACAGUCUAUACGCUAGUACAGGCACAGCAGACUUUUACACUGAACAUGGGAUUAAGGUCAAGGCAGUGGACUGGCCAUUUGAAGAUUCUGACAAUGGUUGUCCUCUGAGAGAGAAGCAGCGAACCAUUUUGGAUUACCUGGAAGAGAACCACUUUGACAUGGUCAUAAACCUCUCGAUGAGGAACUCGGGAGGAAGGCGCCUUUCUUCCUUUGUUACCAAGGGUUACCGCACUAGGCGAUUGGCUGUAGAUUACUCCGUGCCAUUAAUUAUCGAUAUCAAGUGCACUAAACUGUUUGUUGAGGCCUUGCGUCAAGUUGGGGUUUCUCCUCCAGUGAAGACUCACAUAGAUUCUAUGACCUCUCACAAACUGAUACGCUUGCCAGGAUUGAUUGAUGUCCAUGUGCAUCUUCGUGAGCCUGGUGGGACCCACAAAGAGGACUUUGCCUCUGGCACUGCAGCAGCGCUGGCAGGAGGCAUUACCAUGGUGUGCGCCAUGCCCAACACCAAUCCACCAAUCAUAGAUCAGGCCUCAUUUGCUCUUGUGCAGAAGCUGGCGAUUGCUGGUGCUCGGUGUGAUUUUGCUCUGUAUUUGGGAGCAUCUUCAGAUAAUGCUGCUGUUUUACCAUCGAUCAGCAAUUCUGCUGCUGGGCUGAAGAUGUAUUUAAAUGAUACUUUUUCAACACUCAAAAUGGAUAACAUAUCCUUAUGGAUGGAGCACUUCGAGAAAUGGCCCAAGCACUUACCUAUAGUAGCACACGCUGAGAGGCAGACAGUCGCAGCUAUAUUAAUGGUUGCUCAGUUGUACCAAAGACCAGUUCACAUCUGCCAUGUAGCGAGGAAGGAGGAGAUCCAGGUUAUUCGAGCUGCAAAGCAGAAGGGACUUCAGGUAACCUGUGAAGUGGCCCCACACCACUUGUUCUUGAGUGAGGAGGACCUUGAAUCCAUCGGAAACGGGAGAGGGCAGGUCAGGCCGAUGCUUGGUACUAAAGAAGAUGUUGCAGCUCUCUGGGAAAACCUGGAUAUUAUUGACUGUUUUGCAACUGAUCAUGCUCCGCAUUCUGUUGAAGAGAAGAAUAGUAACUCCCCGCCGCCAGGUUAUCCAGGCCUGGAGACCAUGCUGCCUCUACUGCUCACUGCUGUCAGUGAGGGGAGACUCACCAUUGAAGAUAUUGUUAAACGCCUCUAUGAAAAUCCUCGCAAAAUCUUCUCGUUACCAGUCCAGGAAAACACUUAUGUGGAGGUUGAUUUGGAACAAGAGUGGGUUAUCCCGAGCCACAUGCAGUUCACAAAGUCUAAAUGGACACCAUUUGAAGGAAAGAAAGUCAAAGGAAGAGUCAGGCGGGUUGUAUUGAGAGGCGAAGUGGCCUACAUCGAUGGACAGGUGUUGGUCCCUUCGGGUUAUGGGCAGGAUGUAAGGACGUGGCCUUUAGGUAUGCCGGUACCACCACAACCAUCUACAGUAAAGACACCAGAGCAUUCAAGGCAUCCGACUCAAACAGAAAUAAUCCGAACCAGAGCAGCAAGUCCCCGCAGGAUAGCAGGCGGUGGUCCUGCUGGAGAUGGCAGAUUCCACCUUCCUCCCAGAAUUCAUCGCUCAUCUGAUCCUGGCCUGGCAAAUGCUGAAGGGGAAUACAAGGAAAAAACAGUCAAGAAAUCUACGGAACAAGAUACCAUUGGUCAGGAUGGUUAUAUAUAUCCUCCUCCAGUCUCGAGGCUUCUAUCACCACAGAAUCUUGCAGCACAAGCUCUCCCUCAUCCAUACUCCCCUCUUCUACAUCAUCUUGUUGGGCAGCAUAUUCUGUCGGUCAGACAGUUUACUAAAGACCAGAUGUCCCAUUUGUUCAAUGUUGCUCAUAAUCUUCGUUUGAUGGUGCAGAAAGAUCGUAGCUUGGACAUUCUAAAGGGAAAAGUAAUGGCUUCCAUGUUUUACGAGGCCAGCACAAGAACAAGCAGUUCAUUUGCUGCAGCCAUGCACCGGCUCGGAGGUUCUGUGAUCCACUUUUCAGAAGCUACGUCAUCUGUACAGAAGGGGGAGUCUCUAUUAGACUCUGUCCAGACCAUGAGUUGUUAUGUGGAUGUGGUGGUCCUUCGCCAUCCUCAGCCGGGUGCAGUUGAGCAUGUUGCUAAGCAUUGCCGGAAGCCUAUAAUUAAUGCAGGAGAUGGUGUAGGUGAACACCCUACUCAGGCUUUGCUUGAUAUUUUCACUAUUCGGGAGGAGCUUGGAACUGUGAAUGGAAUGACGAUUACAAUGGUUGGUGACCUGAAGCACGGACGAACUGUGCAUUCCUUGGCUUAUCUCCUGACAUUGUACCGCGUCAAUCUCCGUUAUGUUACUCCCAAAAAUCUUCGGCUGCCCCCAGAUAUCAUAGAUUUUGUGGCUUCCAGAGGAAUAAAGCAGGAGGAAUUUGACAGUCUUGAAGAGGCUCUGCCGGAUACUGAUGUGUUGUACAUGACAAGGAUUCAAAAAGAGCGAUUUUCCUCAGAAGAAGAAUAUGAUGCGUGUUUUGGACAAUUUAUUCUCACUCCUCACAUUAUGACCAAAGGCAAGAAGAAGAUGGUGGUUAUGCAUCCACUGCCCCGAGUUAAUGAAAUUAGUUUGGAGGUGGACUCUGACCCACGGGCAGCUUAUUUCCGCCAGGCUGAGAAUGGGAUGUACGUCAGGAUGGCUCUGCUGGCAACAGUCCUGGGCAAGUUUUAAUGCAGAUAUCUGACUGAAUCAUAUGGAGGCCGCCUAAGGGCAAAUUUAAAAGGACUUGCUGCAGACAAUGCUCAUUUUCACACACUGUGUUUUAGCUUUAAUGCCAGUAAAAAUAGGUUUAAAGGAGUAGCAUUUGUGUGGUAUAUCUACACUAUGAUUUAACAAUUUAUAUUAAAAAAACACCUAAUUCUCUUGACUCAAUUCCUUUAAACCGGAAGUGUGUGUAGUUAUUUUUCCUCUGAUUUCUGACCUUUUCAAAAUCCAUUCAGAUUUACUUGUUAUUGACAAGGAGAGCAGGAAAGGCAGCUUUAUUUCUUGAAACUAAUGUAUUACUGUGACUGGACCGUCUGUUGUUCCCUUCAAAAGAGUUAUUUACACCUGUGAUUGUUAUGGUUCAUUAUAAGUGCCUUAGCCUCAAACUACUGUAUUCCUCAGGUUUAUGAUUCUUCAAAGCAUCAAUUAGAACAAUACAAAGUUGGUUUCCAUGUCGCUGUAAAUACAGAUGCUUAUUCAGUAGAUUUUUUCUAAGAUUUACAGUUUAACCCUUAAACCGAUUUCAUUGCCUACAUCGAAAUCGUAUUACCUGUUCAGCAAACUAGACUAUUCUACUUAAAUUUUAAUAAUAAUAGCAAGUAACUGAUAUAGUGCGUGGUCUUUUUAAACCAUCAAACAACUGCUAUCUUUUUUUAACUAAAAUUAGUUUCAAAAUAGAAACUAAACAAUAGAAAAAUCUGUUUUAUUAACCAUUAAUAGUAAAUUUACUCAAAGGCUUAUUAAAAAUGAGGGCUCUGCUUGUGUAGUUGGAAAGCAUUCUAGCAACUUUGUCUGAUGGCUUUAAUUAGUGUUAGAAUGCUAUAACCCACAUCUUCUGCAGGCUCCAAUGAUGGGUAUUAUAACGUUCUACUUCUGUACUAAAAGAUGUUCCUUUAUGAUGUGGUCUGCUUCGUACAUGAGAAUUUUGAGGCCUGAACACUGCCAUUUGUAUUAAUUAUAUUGCAGUACAAUGUCUGGCUUUGUAAGACUGAAUAAUGAUGGGGCUUCAACUCGUUGAUUUGUGUACUAAAGCUUUUAACUCGCCAACAUAUCAAAUACGCUAAUUGGGACUAAAUUUUCAACACCAGAUCUAUGAAAGCUAUGAAAGUGCUAUCACAAGACUUCCGUAGGAUUGCUGACAACGGUGGGUAACAUUUUGAGUUAUUUCAAUCUGAUUACCUCAAUUCCACAAAAAAUACUGAAGGUAUGUUAUCAACUUUACACAUCACAAUAUCAUUGAUGUAAGAGUAUAAUUUGGGAGUCAUCUAAAUUGGUUUCUACUCGUGUCAGCUCAGCUAUAAUCCCUGAGCACCACUGUAGCUUUAUUAAGUAUUUGUGACAAUAGUUGCUGCAGUUUAUGGAACUGAUGAUUGUGGAACAGUUGAUGGUACAGUCUUCAUUAAAUGAUCUUGUAACAUUCAUUUUGUAAUGUUCAUGUUUUUUGAUAUUUCUUUUCAAUAAAACAACUCUAAACA